GGUACCCAAACGCACCAUUACGUCUUUCGAUUCGGCGAUUGUUUUGCUAGCUGAUGUUAGCCGAGAAGGAAAAGACACAAGUUGUGAUAGCUUCCACUCGUCAAAUAACUACAACAAUCGAAACAAGAUGAGUGAGCAGUUGAAAUUCAUCGUCGAACAACUGAACAAAGACCCGUUAAGGAAAAACUUUAAUCUCAUCACGUUUGACUCCCUCGAGCCGAUGCAGUUGCUUCAGGUGUUAAAUGAUGUCCUAGCUGAAGUAGACCCAAAGCAAGCUAUUGAUAUUCGCGAGGAAAUGCCUGAACAAACCGCCAAGAGAAUGUGUUCUUUGCUCGGGAUGCUAAAAUACAACCCCCCUGGCAACCAGUCUGAUCUAAGCGGCUUCAGACAAGGUCUGGUGAUUGGCAGCAAACUUGCAGUGCAUCCCAUUUUGCACUGGCUGCUGCAGAGAGUCCCAGAGCUGAAGAAGAGGGCUUAUCUAGCUCGCUUUCUUGUUAAACUCGACGUUCCUGCAGAGUUCCUGGCUGACGACGUCAUCAGUGACACCUAUCAUCAGUAUGAAGAACUGGUGGAGGCAUUUAAGACAAACCAUAAGGAGUGUGAGCAGCUGAGAACGUCAGGCUUCUCCACAGCAGAAAUCAGGAGGGAUAUUACUGCAAUGGAGGAAGAGAAAGGCCCACUAAUUAAACGUGUGGAGAGGAUGAAGAAGAGGGUGGAGUCAGUAUCCAGCCAUCAACAGAUGCUGGAGCAGGCCAGACUGCUGAGAGUUGAGAAGAAGAGAGAAGAAGAUUUAGCUCACCAGAAGCAAGAACAAAAGAAUCAACUGUUUCAGGCAGAGCAGAGAUUGCAGAGGUUGCAACAGCAGUUGAAGGACAUGCGACAGGCUGCAGCUGAUGCCAGUCCGGAUAGCUUGAUGAAGCGACUCGAAGAGGAGAUCAAGAUCAACUCCUACAUGGUCUCUGAGAAACUGCCCAAAGAGUUGGAGGUUCUCAGGCGCACAGUGCAGUACCUUCAGAGGGUGGCGUCAGAGCCUGCUUUGGGCCACGGUGAUCUCCUGGAGCUGGGGGACAAGAUUAAAGAAGUUGACUCCCAGAUAAAUCAGCUGAUUGAGAAGAAGAUGAUGAGAAGCGACCCGAGAGAUGACAAGCUAACCCUCUACAGGCAGCAGGCAUCCAUCAUCAUCCGUAAAAAGGAAGCAAAAGCAGAAGAGCUGCAGGAAGCGAGGGAGGAGUUAGCUGCAGCAGAACGGCAGCUAAAACACAAAACCGACCAGGCACGGGCCUCCAAUGGGGAAGAGGUCAUUCGGGGUGAUGAGCUCAAACGUUUAGUGGUGAAACUGCGCAGCAAGGGAACCGUAUACAAGAAAAAACGUCAAGAAAUUGCAGAGCUGAAGGCGGAGUACGGAAUUCUUCAACGGACUGAAGAGAUUCUUAAGCAGAGACAUGAGGCUGUCCAAGAGAAACUGCAAUCUGUGGAGGCUGAGAAGGGUAUCUCUGGCUACAGCAACACUCAGGAGGAACUGGAGAGGGUGUCGGCCAUCAAAAGUGAGCUCGAUGAAAAGAAGGGCCGCACACUGGACGAUAUGUCUGAAAUGGUGAAACAAUUAAACUCGAUGAUCGUAGAGAAGAAGUCGGCCCUAGCUCCAAUAAUCAAAGAGCUGAGGUCACUGAGGCAGCAGUGUCAGGUGAUAAAUCAGGACUAUGAGGAAAAGAAGUCACAGUAUGAAAGUUGUGCUGCUGGUCUGGAGAGCAACAGGUCGAAAUUGGAGCAGGAGGUGAAAGCACUGCGGGAGGAGGCAGCACAGGAGGAAAAUAGAUACCAUUCCAUCAACUGCAAGUCAGAGAUCAUUGAGAUGCAAAUACAGCGGGCGGCUGAAGAGAUGAAGGCCUACGUGUCCUCUGACGUCCAGGAGAGGAAAAAGGCUAUCAGGGAAGUGUACAUGAAGAACAUUGCAGAGCAGGAAUUACUCGGCAAGAAGUUGCGUGAGAAGCAGAAGCUGGUGAGGGAGAACCACACUGUGAACAUGGAGCAGAUGAAGAUGUGGAGAGACUUGGAGCAGCUGAUGGAGUGCAAGAGGCAAUGCUUCAUAAGAGCGCAGAACGAGGCAUCCGUUGGUCAAGUCAUCCAGGAAGGAGGAGAAGAUAGACUUGUGCUGUGAGCACUUCUUACUGGAAAGUUUUAACUCUCUGUGGGCCACCAUACUUAAUGACACAUUCUUAUUUAUUCUUAAUAUACUUUUGAACUAAGUGUCCUGCGAUAACAGCAUACAAAGUGGUGUACUGGCAGCCAACUAUUUUUAGCAACGGAGUGUGUUUCCUGCUUAUUUUGGAGGUCUAUGUUGCUUUGGAUGCUGUCUGAUGACACUUUCUUGGUUGUUUGUACAUUUCCAGAAAGAAUUUAAAGAAAUACAAGCUCAUAUAUUUCAUUGUCUUUUACGACUGGAUUUUAUGACUGAGAGAUGUUCUGUUAAGGGAUGCUGUGAUCGAUCGGACACCGGUCAAUAUCGUCCGAUUUCCGUAAAAAACAACAACAUGUGAUCAAUGUAUGCCGAUAAACGCCUUUCAAAGCCGAUCACAAAAAACGAUCAGCGUGCGGCGGCAAAUCCUAUAUGUCUGCUGGGUCACGUAAGGUUGCCAAGAAAAUGACCCGUCUCGUAUUGAGCUUGACACAGGCUACGCCAAUCGAUGCCAGCUUGUUUGAUCACUCCCUUACCAAAUCUAUCUCAGUUUGACUAUUCUUGCAUCUUUUGACACAGUCUGCCUAGCUGUCACUGGCUGCACUAUGUAUUGGGGGCAGCUAGCUAGCAUUUAGCUAGAGUUAUCUGGCUAACUUCUGGUCUUCGGGCUCCAAAUGUGACUUUUUACCACAGUGUUAUUUUGUUUUUAAAACAAACAAGCAAUACAGUUGGGAGCUCGUUUUUAUCCCAAAGGAAGUUACAAAUGGAUAUCACGGUCAUGGCGUACUUAGUAACUUUUGCAAGUGUCACAGGACAACUUUACUCUUUUGUUGUCAUUAUACUAAUUAUGUCUUGUCUACUAUUUGUGUGCGGUUGUUUAAUGAACAUAAACACAUAGUGUGCCCAGCCUUAUGAUGGUGAUACUAUGACAGGGGUCUACUAUCUCACCAGCUGAUUUUGAGUAGCUUAGAAACGCUCAAAAAUAUUGCUUGAACUCUUUGAAUUUCUUUAUUAUAACUUUUGAAUUCAGACUUUAUGCCUUUUAUAUAAUGACAAAUGAGCACAACAUAGCACACAAAUGAAGGCAAAGAACAAAAACAAUCUACCCAAAUGUUUAUUUGUUAAUAAUUACUUAUUUGUCAGGUAUCAGAUGAUUGGUAUUGGAAUCAACAGCAUAAAACCCUGAUCGGAUCGCAUGUAGAUGGACAAAUACAAAAUCAAAUACAUUAUUUCCAUGUACAGUACGGUAUACUAUUUUAAAAUUAAUUACAAGACGAAGUUCAGUUGCCUAGCAAAAUGUCAUCACAUUUUAACAACUGAGUAAACUUGUCAAUCUGAAAUAGCCGGUGUACUUGAUUUGUAUGCUUCAUGAUGCCACUAACGUCUUCAUAGAUCAUUUCAGGGUGUCUUUUUCUAAUCUGCUGUUGACAGUCAAUGUUUCGGGCUCUUGUGCCAAACACAUUGCGUGCACAUUGAUGUCCAACUGGGGAGUAUCAUGUUAUUUUUAAAACGCCUUCGUCUUCUAAGGGCCUUACAGGGAUGUGAUAACAGAUUAUACACGUCAGUCCUGUCAAGUUACAGGCAAUGAUACCCUCGAAAGGGCAGGGCCGGGGCAGGGGGUUAUCUUAAUGCUCGCUGACUUUACAGCAAUAUGGAUGCAUUUACAAAUUGUGGCCAUUCAGUUACUUACUGUUCGCACUCAAGUGCAAAUAAGGAAAGAAUUUUAAAAAAUCAAUAUAAAAGCAAUUGUAGUGUGAGGGAAACUUUACAUUGUGCAAUGCGGUUUUGGAAACAAAAAGGAUAAAAGUGUGAUAAUGCAUAUGAUGCUUAAAAAAAUCAAAAACAAAAAUCACAUUUAAAAGGCACAUUUUCCACCGUUACCGUCACAAAUGACAAAAAAAUGGACAACACUCAACUGAUUGGUAAUCAUAAAUAUUUUAUUUGCAAACAAGGCCAUAUUGCAAAAACUUUGGAUGUUUUAAUACAUUUAUUAAGCAGAGUAUGUCAACAUACCAAUGGUAUGCUAAGCUAUGCUAACUUUAUUUUUUUGACUAAACAAUAUUUGUGGUACUUUUUUCUUUUCAGGAAUUCAAGUAAAUGACUAGAAUCUUACAUCAAGAAAUAAUAGUAUUUUUUCUGACAGUACAUUGGUACAUUUACAUACAACUACAUUUGAAAAUCCAUGAAUAAUUGAAUGAUUGUAACAUUUGUUCAGCAAUGUAUGCAAUGCUAACUUUUUUUUACUUUUUUUUAACCAAAAAUACUAUUUUAACAAUUUGCAAUGCUUUAUGUUUUUGUAAUUCAAGUAAAUAACUUGCGUUGUUCAGCACUGUAGGUCAACAUAUGCAUGCUAUGCUAACCUUUUUACCUUCUUUGUAAUGUUCUCAUGUGAUGAGGAUGAAUGUGUUGUAGCUUAUACAAUGUCAUUUUGAAAGAAGUUCUUUAAUUGUAUUCUUUAGUCAACACCACAGUUCAGAAAAAAAAUAGCUGGGGUUCACACAUGGCCCCCGGGCCGC